AUGCGAUCACUUCCUGUGCUUCAAAGUGGCGACGCGCGCCGGCCCUCGCCCAGCUGCCCCGUGGGGCCGGAUCCCACCGUGGAGGAAGAUUGCUGCACUCGCUUCCGGCCGCCUCUGAAUGCCUCCUGCCACGCUGCGAGCGACGCUCUAAACACUGGGCAUGCCCUGAACACUGGGGACGCUCUGAACACUGGGGACGCCCUGAACGCUGGGGAUGCUCUGAACACUGGGGACACUCUGAACGCUGGGGACGCUCUGAACGCUGGGUACUCUCUGAACACUGGGGAUGCACUGAACGCUGGGGAUGCUCUGAACGCUGGGGAUGCUCUGAACACUGGGUACUCUCUGAACACUGGGGAUGCUCUGAACGCUGGGGAUGCUCUGAACAUUGGGGAUGCUCUGAAGGCUGGGGACGCUCUAAACACUGGGGAUGCUCUGAUCGCUGGGGAUGCUCUGAACGCUGGGGAUGCUCUGAACGCUGGGGAUGCUCUGAACAGUGGGGAUGCUCUAAACACUGGGGAUGCUCUGAACACUGGGGACGCUCUAAACGCUGGGGAUGCUCUGAACGCUGGGGAUGCUCUGAACACUGGGGACGCUCUGAACACUGGGGACGCCCUGAACACUGGGGACGCUCUGAACACUGGGGACGCUCUGAACGCUGGCCACCUCGCUGGCCACCAGCCCCUGAUGGCCACACACCCUCCUGCCCGCCCCUGCCACCUCCUGCCACUCUCCCUGGGGCUCUUCCAGGGUGCCCUGCUCCUCUUCUUCGCCCUCUUCGUCACCUAUGAGGAGCCCUCAGCGCCGGUGGAGGAUGCCAGCCUGGUGGCCAAGCAGCUCUACAGCACCUACCACCUCUUCCAGGACAUCCAGGUGAUGCUGGUGGUGGGGCUGGGGCUCCUGCUGACCUUCCUGCCACGCUAUGGGCUCAGUGUCCUCACCCACAACUUCCUUCUGCUCAACUUCUGCAUGCAGUGGGCACUGGUGGUGCAGGGCUUGCUCCACCACCUCCACCACGGCCAGAUCCACCUGGACCUGCACAGCCUCCUCCUGGCUGAGUUUGCUGCCGUGACAGUGCUCAUCUCCGUGGGGGCUGUCCUGGGCAGGACCAGCCUCUGCCAGCUCCUCCUUGUGGCUGCCUGGGAGGUCCCCAUCUACCUCGCCAGUGAGUGGCUCGUUGUCACCCAUCUAGGGGUCCUGGACGUGGGGGGCACCAUCACCAUCCACGUCUUCUCCUGCUACUUCGGCCUGGGAUUGUCCAAGGCUCUGUUCGGGGCGGGGCGGCGCCCGCUGCACCCCAAGGAGACCCCAACCCCCCGCUCCGAGCUCUCGUCCCUGCUGGGGACUCUCAUCCUCUGGGUGUUCUGGCCCAGCUUCGUGGCUGUCCUCUGCCGGCCAGGAGAUGCCCAGCACCGUGCCAUCCUCAACACCAUCCUGGCCAUGAGUGCGAGCGCUGUGACCACGGUGGUGGCCUCCAGCCUGCUGGAGGAGGGCAAGCUCAGGCCUGGCCACCUGCAGAACGGCAGCCUGGCCGCGGGGGUGGCCAUUGGUGCUGUGGCCGACAUGGCCGUGCCACCCGUGGCUGCCCUGGCCCUGGGCAGCCUCUCGGCCACGGUCUGUGUGCUGGGCUUCAACUUCCUCAGCCCUCUCCUGACGAGGAAGCUCAUACUGCAGGACCACUGUGGCAUCCACAACCUCCACGGCUUGCCUGGCAUCCUUGGCGCCGUGGCCAGCGCCGUGGUCGUCCUGGUGACGCCCAAGGACACCUCCAAGCGUGGGGCAGGCAGGCAGGCGCUGUGCCAGGCAGCAGGGCUGGCAGUGGCUGUUGGUGGCUCGCUGCUUGCCGGGCUGCUGACAGGUGCCAUGCUCCGGCUGCCCUGCCUGGCACAGCCACCUGAGCAGCACUGCUUUGAGGACUCACUGAAUUUUAGCAUCCAGGGUCAGGCUGAGAGCCUGGAGCCAGGUGGCACCAUGGAGGAAGGAGCCCUGGCUCUGAAGGAGAGAACUUAG